AUGAAUCAUACUUCUACGACAACUACUACUUCCUCGCCAAACAACACCAACAACAACAACAGUCAUACAUCACCAGAGGUUGUACAAUUCACAAGUGGAAGAGGUAGUCACAUUAGAGUCUCAGACGAGGCUGUGAUAAAGGCAAAGACAUUGAUCAACUCUAUAAAGGAUGAUGAAUACGAUGGUUGGUUAAAGAAGAGGAAUAGAGAUGAUGAUGAUGUAAUUGAUGAUGAUGACGUUGAUGACGAUGAUGGAUUGGUGCACUAUGACAACAACAACAAUGACAAUGACAAUGGCAAGAAGAACAAGUUCGAUAGCAAAUGCAAGAGUCAAUUCACUACUGGCAGAGGUGAUCAGAUCAGAAUAGAAUCGUCCAAUCUCAAUCAAGCCAAGAGUACAAUCGAUGUGCUCGAUGUCAAUGUUGACAACUACCAAGAGGACUUGAUGCUGCUGAGUCAGCCCUUCAAGAAGGAAUAG